AUGAUGUUUACUCUUUUAUUAAAAUUUAUUCUAGUACAUGAUGCUUUAAGUCAAUAUAAGAAUUAUCGAUGCUUUAGAGAAAACAUUACUUCAUAAUUUGAUUGUGAACAUUAUUAUGAAGGGUAGAGUUAUUGGAAUUCAACUAAUUGUUUGAAAAAUGAAACAGUAAUAAAACCAGACACAAAGGAAACAGAUAAAGAUCCAUCCUAUUGUAAUUUAAUUUCAAAGACAGAAUGCGCUAUUAAUUUUAAUUGUGCUUUAAUUAAUAAUAUUUGUGGUCAUUUUACAGGAUGUAGUGCUUAUGAAAUUGAAAAAGAUGAAGAUUGUUAAUCAAUUUCAAAGAGAUGUAUUUCAAAUGGUCAAUAAUGUGUUGAAAUUGCUUUAUGUGAUGGAUAUUUGACUUAAUAAUCUUGUUAAUAUGAUGAGAAUGAAAACUACUGUUAUUGGGAUUCAUCAAUUCAAAAAUGCUUAACUGCUGAUUCAUGUGAAUAAUACCCUAAAUUCUUAAAUACAGAUUAAUUAUGUAGAGAUGAAUAAAAUACAUGUACAGUAGCAUAAUCUGGUGAAGGAUGUGUAGAGAGUGGUAUGAAAUGUUCUGAUUAAUUAUUCCAGAAUCAAUGUUUUUGGAAUAGAGAUUAAACAUAAGAAUGCUUUUGGAAUGGAACAUCAUGUGUUGAUAAGAUAUGUUAGAAUGCACUUAAUACACUUAAUACUGAUGAAUAAUGUAUUUAUUUUAUUAAAAAAUGUACUACAAAAUAAAAUGGAGGAUGUAUAGAUAGAAGUACUUGUGAGGCAGCUACAAUAUAGGAAGCAUGUAAAAAAAAUAUUAAAGGAGAAUUGUGUUAUUGGGAUGGUAAAAAAUGUAUGGAUAAAAUUUGUACUAAUGCUCCUAAUACUUAUAAAACAAAUAGUGAAUGUUAAUCAUUUUUAUCAAAUUGUAUUACAAAUGGAAAUGGAUGUGUUGAUAAUUUAAAUUGUGGUUCAGCAAAACUUGAAGAUGCUUGUGAAAGUGAUUUAUCUAAUAAUUAAUGUGUAUGGGUUAAUAAUAUGUGUUUAGUUGCUUAAUGUUCAUUAGCUCCUAAUACUUUAAUUAGUAAUUUAGAUUGUUCAAAGUUUUUGAUAGGAUGUGUAACUAAAAAGGAUGGAGGAUGCAUGAAAAUCAGUAGAUGUUCAGAUUACAAUAUAGAAGAAGCUUGUUUAAUUGAUUUAAAUGGAGAUGAAUGUUUUUGGAAUGAUAAUAAUUUAUGUGUUGAUAGAACAUGCUCAAAUGCUCCUUUAUCAUUUGAAUAUCACCAGGAGUGUUAAGAUUAUAGUGAAAAAUGUACAAUAGAUCCAAAAACAAAUCUAGGAUGUGUUGACAUGAUUUGUGAAAAUAUCUAAAAUCAGGAAUUAUGUAUAACCGAUUUAAAUGAUAAUAAAUGUUUUUAUAUGGAGAAAUGUUCAAGUAAAGAAUGCAGUUUAGCAAAGUUGACUACUGCUUUAGAAUGUAAUAAGUAUCUAAAUGAAUGUACUUUAAACGAUGAAGGAAAUGGAUGUAUAUUAUUACCUUUGACUUGUAGAGGGAAUAGUAAAAAAGAUAAUUGUUAUUUAAAAAUAGAUGGAGAAUGUGGAUGGGAUAGUUAAAGGAAUGUUUGUAUAGAUAGAUAAUGUUUUACAGCAGAUUCAAGUUAUGAUACAAAUGAAUUAUGUGAUUCAUAUUUAAAAGGAUGUGUAGUAAGCAAUACUAUAGGUUGUAUGGAAUUACCACAAUUAUGUGAGGAUAGAAAAAAAGAAUUAAAUUGUCAUUUUGAAGAUGAUGAUUGUGUAUGGGGAUUAAAUGAAUGCUAACCAAGAUCAUGUUAUACAGCUUAAUUUGAAUUAGAUUCUAUAAAUAUGACUGAAUGCAAUUCAUAUAUUGAAUGUUCAGAAGAUAUUACUUAAUGUUGUAUUUUAAAUAAUAAUAAUACUAAUUGUUAAGAAAAGAGUACAUGUGAUGUAUUGAAUAAAUCAAAUUGUGUAUCUAAUGCAGCAAUAGAAGGUACAUGUUUUUGGAAUGGAGUUGAAUGUAUCAAUGCAGAUAAUAUAGAAUGUACUGAUUAUAUUGGAUAAAAUCAUUAAUAAUGUUAAGAUCUGAAAGAUACAUGUACUGUAAAUAUAAAUCAAAAUGGUUGCAUAGAUCUAAUGGAAUGUGAGGAUUAUGUUAAUUCAUUAUAGUGUGUAUUAAAUUUGAGAAAAUAAAAAUGUUUAUGGAAUGCUUCAACCAAUUCUUGUUUAUCUU